AACUAGGGAUAUGUUAUUGUCUUGUUUUCACAAUGCGGAAAAUUCCAAGCAAGUAUGUCUUUAUGAUAACUGUCUUAUGGGAAGUGGAUGCUGUGUACGCAAGGAAAGGUGUGAAGUGUGGGGGAGUUCUUUCUGCUCCAGAAGGUAACCUAUCCUCGCCCAAUUUCCCAGGACUAUAUCCUGCUCACACUGAGUGUUGCUGGCUUAUUGUUGUCUCUGAGGGAUCCACUAUUCAGCUACAGUUCCACCACUUUAACCUAGAAUACCAUGAGGAUUGUGAAUAUGACUAUGUCAAAGUAUAUAAUGGAGCCUCAAAGGAUGAAGGAAACCUCCUGGGAAAGUUCUGUGGAACCAGUUUACCGCCACAGCUCACAUCCUCCUGGCAUGUUCUGACUGUAAUUUUUCAUUCAGACAAGCAUGUGGGCAGCUCUGGAUUCUAUGCCACCUAUAGGAAAGAUAUAUGCGGAGGAAUCCUUACUGGCCUCUCUGGAGUUAUUACAAGCCCUGAUUAUCCUGACAAUUAUCCCAACAAUGCAGAAUGUAACUGGCUUAUACGGGCAGCACCGGGCUCUACGGUACGUCUGACCUUUACAGACUUCCAGAUGGAAAAUGAGGGGUGUAACUUCGAUUAUGUUGCAGUCUUUGAUGGCUCAGGGGCAGAGGAAAACCAGGUUCGUUAUUUCUGUGGUACGACAAAGCCCCCAGACAUUAAAUCAUCUUUCAGUGAGCUAUUGGUGGUCUUCAAAUCAGACUUCAACAUUGGAGGACGUGGCUUCAAGGCAUAUUAUUACUCAGGUGAAUGCCAGGAUACAUUCACAUCUGUGAAGGGAAACAUCACCAGUCCUCGUUACCCAGACACGUAUCCCAAUAAUAUCAACUGUCACUGGAACAUUCAUCUUCCUGCUGGCUUUAGAAUAAAGAUUUUCUUCCGAGAUCUUGAGUUAGAGGAGAGAAGCAGCUUAACGGAUGGAUGUGAUUAUGAUCACUUGUCAGUGUACGAUGGAGAAGGAGAGCACAGCCCAUUGCUGGGGAGGUGGUGUGGAAGAGAGAUCCCACCCUCAGUGAUGUCAAGCAAGAAUAAAUUGCUUCUGGUACUUUCCACCGACAGAGACACAGCCAGCAAAGGUUUUGUAGUAUCAUACAUUGGGGUUGUUCCAAUUAAUGUGAGCUGCACUCGCACAGACUUCCAUAUUCAGAUCCCAAGUCAAUCGCUUCCCCAGCUGGAAAGGAACCACAUCUAUCUUGGAACGCCAAGCUGUGCCUCUCAGAUUUCUGGCACAAAUUACAAGAUCUAUGCUCGCUUUGAUACAUGUAGGACAGAACCACAGAAAAGGAACAACACCUCUGUCAUCGUGAGUGUACUGUAUGUGGACUUCUCACGGGGAGCUCAAGAGGACAUUCAUGAAUAUGAGAUACAAUGUGAACCUAAAAAGAAGGAGGCCUCUGUUCACAUCCUAUCUGGGGCAGACCCUUCCGAAAUGAACGGGCUGGUACAGAAUGCAGCAGAGUCUCAACCAUCAGAGGCAGAAUCAGCAGAGAGCACAGAUAAAGGACAAGAUGGCAGUGACAUGGUGUUCAUUAGUAUUUGUAUCCUAGCUGGAGUUCUAAUGCUUAUAGCGGUUGUAGGGCUGGUGUUACUUUAGCACAGAUUACAUGAAUAAGAAGGUAUGCUUUUAUCAUAGAGGAAUAAAUAUGAACUCUUUAAAAAAAAAAAAAAAAAAAAAGUACUGAGAAAGCAGUUUUAUAGGGACCAGUCACAGGUCUGUGUAUGAAUGGUGACCAGUAUUAUGAUGUUUGUUAACUUUUUGUGUAUUUAUAUGAAUGGCAAAUAUCUAUAUAAAAUGUUACUCUGUAUAAACCAGUGUGAGCACAUUUAUAAAAUGUGUUGUUAAAUCAAGUGUAUCAAAUAUACACCAAAUAAGAGCCUGAAGAGAAACUGCAUAACAACUGGUACUAAGAGGCAGGCUGUACCUGAAGUCAUUUGUAAAAUUGUUAUACCAUGUUGGGGAACAGGGAUAUUUCCUUUCCUUACUGUUAGGAUAUGCCCAGUUAAGUGCAGCCAUAGCUGGUGGGCUGGGUCUGUCAUGUAUGGAAGGGGAAGACGUUCACCGACUGGGACAGGCAUGCAUUUUGGGAGAUAGGAAUGCCAUAUUUUCCUAGAGGUGUCAAGUGGUUUCUGCUAGUCUAUAAUGUAGUUUAAAACUCUUUGGACUACAUACAAUAGAGGAAAGUAGAUGGUAGAAACUUAAGGCAGGGAGAAGCCUCACUAGAAGAUAAAAAAAUUUGGACUAGACAUUGUGAGGCAUAGCACUAUAUAGUCUUAGUUCACUAUAGGAGUGAAUGUUGGGCUUAGUGUAGCUAACAGAGCAAUGAGAGGCUCCACCAUAGAAAACAGAAGGGUUAGUACCAAAGGUGUCCCCUGUCAGCAUAACAGAUCGGAGUAGAGCAAAUUCCCUCUGAGCUUCACACUGGCCUGUAUGCAUGAGUAGGAGUACUGCUGCAGAUUUUAACAGCUACUCUGUGACAUCUGAGAAGCUAUCUACUGUGUACAAUCUAAUGAGGAUUAAUGGUUACAUGACUUAGUUCCAAUAAAAGUGUUUAAUUGCUUUUUUUUAUUUUUUAAAAAGAACCCCUUAUGGCCAAAUUAUAGAGAACCAUGGAGUGUGUGUGAGACAAUCAAGGGGGCUUCACCCCAACAGUAAGGGCCCAUCUGAGAGAGAAAGCUGAAUGCAACAUGCACUCUGCUAGGUAACAAGGGUUUCAUUUUAGAUUGAUUACAAAUUCAAAUUGGUGCUUUGUUUUUCAUUUUGAGAAAAAAAACACAGUACACAUGUGAGCAUGUUUUCUGAGACCUUAACAGUUGGAAUUUGUUAAAGAAAAAAAAACAUAGCUUAUUAAAACAUUCCAGAUUUUCAGCAUCAUUAAAAAUACAACAAUGUGAUUUUCACUGACAUGCGGCUAUUCCUCAAAAUACGAACGUGAUUAUUCAGUUAAAGCUUUAAAAUAUAAAUAGCUCUCGAGGAAAAAUAACACAACGGUGUGAAAAAAAAA